CCAGAGCUGAAAUACUGGAUAAGUGGCAGCAGAAAGCUUACGUCUGCAAUGUCAUCGUAGUCUCGUUAAGUGGCGUUUCAAAUGUGUGGAAUAUGCUACAUAAGUUGGCAACAAGUUUCCAGUGGGUGAAGGAAUUAAGCUGGGAAGCUACAGAGCAUUAAAGUGAUGCAUUUCAUGUGUGGUGGCAUCUUAUGUGCUGAACGUUUUAUCUGAAACUUUUCGUUAGCCCCACAUUUUUUUGACUUCCAAGGUGGAAGGGGUAGAUUCCUGGAUACUCCUGUGCCUACAGAAUAACCAAAAAUGAAGGAGGACAAUUGUUUACACGCCGCUCUCAUCUGCAUGGGCAUGCUGUAUUACAGCCAUGCCUUUGCUACAGAAAAAGUGACCCACGCACGGCCGUCACUUCAUGGUCACCAUGAAAAAGGGAAGGAAGGACAAGUUCUUCAUCGUUCAAAAAGAGGCUGGGUGUGGAAUCAGUUUUUUGUUAUAGAAGAGUAUACAGGACCAGAUCCUGUGCUAGUGGGAAGGCUUCAUUCAGAUAUCGAUUCUGGAGAUGGAAACAUUAAAUACAUUCUCUCAGGUGAAGGAGCAGGAAUCAUUUUUGUUAUUGAUGAUAAAUCAGGGAACAUCCAUGCUACAAAGACACUGGACCGCGAAGAGAGAGCUCAGUACACUCUCACAGCACAAGCUGUAGACAGGAACACUAACAGACCUUUGGAACCACCCUCUGAAUUCAUUGUUAAAGUUCAAGAUAUAAAUGACAACCCACCGGAGUUUCUUCAUGAAAACUACCAUGCCAAUGUGCCAGAGAGAUCAAAUGUAGGUACAUCAGUUAUUCAGGUAACAGCUUCGGAUGCUGAUGAUCCUACCUAUGGGAACAGUGCUAAGUUGGUUUACAGUAUUCUUGAAGGUCAGCCGUACUUCUCGGUGGAAGCUCAAACAGGAAUUAUCCGAACUGCCCUUCCAAAUAUGGACAGAGAAGCUAAGGAAGAAUAUCACGUUGUAAUACAGGCAAAAGAUAUGGGAGGACACAUGGGAGGCCUCUCAGGGACAACCAAAGUGACAAUUACACUUACAGAUGUCAAUGACAAUCCGCCAAAGUUCCCACAGAGUGUAUACCAGAUGUCGGUAUCAGAAGCAGCCGUUCCAGGAGAGGAAGUUGGAAGAGUGAAGGCCAAAGAUCCAGACAUUGGAGAAAAUGGCUUAGUAGCUUACAGCAUCAUUGAUGGAGAUGGAGUGGAUAUGUUUGAAAUUACAACAGAUUAUGAGACUCAGGAAGGGGUUGUAAAGCUUAAGAAGCUCUUAGACUUUGAAACCAAAAAGUCCUACAGCCUGAAGGUAGAGGCAGCCAAUGUACAUAUUGAUCCUAAGUUUAUCAGCAAUGGACCAUUCAAGGACACAGUGACAGUGAAGAUUUCUGUGGAAGAUGCCGAUGAGCCACCCAUAUUUUUAAAACCAAGUUAUAUUUUUGAAGUACAAGAAAAUGCAGCAUCCGGCACCGUUGUUGGAAAAGUACAUGCCAAAGACCCUGAUGCUGCGAACAGUGCUAUAAGGUAUUCAAUUGAUCGUCAUACUGACCUUGAAAGAUAUUUUACUAUUAACGCAGAAGAUGGCAACAUCAAGACAGUAAAAGCUUUGGACAGGGAAGAAAUUGCAUGGCAUAAUAUCUCUAUAUUUGGAGUUGAAGUCCACAAACAACACCAGGAAGCCAAAGUUCCAGUAGCAAUUAAGGUCGUUGAUGUCAAUGACAACGCUCCAAAGUUUGCAGCAGCCUACGAAGCGUUUGUUUGUGAGAAUGCCCGAAGCAAUCAGCAAUUUAUUACAAUUACUGCUGAUGACAAGGAUGACUCGGCCAACGGACCAAGAUUUAUUUUCAGUUUACCACCUGAAAUUAUUCAUAAUCCAAAUUUUACUCUCAGAGACAACAGAGAUAACACAGCAAGCGUUUUUGUUAGGCGUGAAGGAUUUAGUCGCCAAAAGCAAGAUUUAUACCUUCUCCCUAUUGUCAUAAGCGAUGGUGGACUCCCGCCCAUGAGCAGCACCAACACCCUCACCAUUCGGGUCUGCGGCUGCGACAGCAACGGCUCCUUGCUCUCCUGCAACGCUGAAGCCUACAUCCUCAACGCUGGGCUAAGCACGGGAGCUCUAAUUGCCAUUCUUGCUUGCAUUGUGAUUUUGUUAGUCAUUGUAGUGCUGUUUGUAACACUGAAAAGGCAGAAAAAAGAACCUUUGAUUGUGUUUGAAGAAGAAGAUGUCCGAGAGAAUAUCAUUACUUAUGAUGAUGAAGGUGGCGGAGAGGAAGACACGGAAGCUUUUGACAUAGCUACUCUGCAGAACCCUGAUGGCAUCAAUGGAUUUAUUCCUCGUAAAGACAUAAAGCCUGAGUAUCAGUAUAUGCCAAGACCAGGGCUUCGGCCAGCUCCCAAUAGCGUUGAUGUUGAUGAUUUCAUCAACACGAGAAUACAAGAGGCCGAUAACGACCCAACUGCUCCUCCCUAUGACUCUAUUCAGAUCUAUGGCUAUGAAGGCAGAGGCUCAGUGGCUGGUUCACUUAGCUCCUUAGAGUCAGCGACAACAGAUUCUGAUUUGGACUACGACUAUCUACAAAAUUGGGGACCUCGAUUUAAGAAACUUGCAGACUUGUAUGGCUCCAAAGACACUUUCGAUGAUGAUUCUUAACAAUAAAGUUUCAGAUUUGGCCUUAAGAACUGUGUCUGAUGUUCUGAAGAAUCCAGAAGAAAUGUAAGCAGGUAUUUUUUUAAAAAUCAAGAGAAGUCUCAUUUAAACAUUUAAGUUUGACAGAGAGGAUUCAUUUGCUAGAAAAAGGACAUAAAAGUGGUAAAUACUGUGAAGUACCUUCUCCUAUAAAAGGCAGAUGCGGAAGUUGGCCAUCGACUUCACUAGAGGAAAAACCCACUUACGAAAUAAAAAAUAUUUAAAUGAAGGAAAAUGCUAAAAGUGAACCUACAAAUAAGGGAAAUCUUUUAUGUGUUAUGAACAUCGAAAUCUUUUAUGUCAAAGAAGCUUCCACAAAUUAGAAAAGAUAACAGUUCUGAGCUGUAAUUUCGCCUUAAACUAUGGACACUCUAUACGGUAGUGCAUUUUUAAACUUGAAAUAUAUAAUAUUCAGCCAGCUUAAACCCAUAUGAUGUAUGUACAGUACAAUGUACAAUUAUUAUGUCUCUUGAGCAUCAAACUUGUUACUGCUGAUUCUUGUAAAUCUUUUUGCUUAUACUUUCAUCUUGAACUAAUACGUGCCAGAUAUAAAAACUCUGUCUUGUUGCAGUGGGAGGCGCCCUAUUUCUAUGUCAUUUUUAAUGUAUCUAUUUGUACAAUUUUAAAAUUCUUAUUUUAGUAUACAUGCAAAUAUCAGUAUUCUGACAUGUAAGAAAUGUUACAGCAUCACACUUAUAUUUUAUGAACAUUGUACUGUUGCUUUAAUAUGUGCUUCAAUAUAAGAAGCAGACUUUGAAAUAAACUGAUUCUUUUUUAA